AUGAUUCUUGCCAGAAGCAUAUUGGCCGUGCCGGCCCGCACACCAAUCGCCGCAGCGUCCUUCGCUCGCAUAAUAAGCCGUGGCUAUGCUGACGCUCCCAAAAAAAAGAAACAAAAAGCGCCCGAUAUCAGCAUGGUGCCAAUCAAAGCAGUUGGCGUGUUGGCCGACUUCUAUGUUCCGCCCAAAUUCAGAAACUGCCCCAUCACGUCGUGGCCCAAGUUGCUUCUCAGAAGAAUCGGUGCUUUUGGUCUCAACACGUUUAGUGUGUCGAAGUUCAAGUCCGACACCAAGUUGAAGUUGCGCUUCAACGACUGGAAAGAAUUGGCUGUGGAUAAGUACGUGAAAACCAACAAGAUAUUUGCCGCCGCCUGCUCGCUUCCACGGGCACAGAGACAGUCGUACUUGCAAUCGCAGUUGGACGGCAUUGCUGGAAUCGAGGUGGUCAAGUCGUUGUCCACGAGAGCCUUGACAUUCCCAGCCCGGUCAAAGUUGGAGUGGAACCUCAAGAAGAUCGAAGGGAACCCGAAGUUGGUGAGUUUCACCCCGAUCCCAGACAGCAACGAUAUUUCCGCCGUCAUCCAGUUUGUGGUCAAGGUCCAGACUAGACAGGAGAUGGUCAUUACCGGAGAUGCCCAGUCAAAAACAGAGCGCCUGGUGACGGACUACAUUGUGCUUACACUCAACCCAUAUACAGACGAGUUGGUCCUUGUGGGGACGUUGUUCGAGAGCGACCACGUGCGGGGGGUCAAGCCGGAGUUGGAAAUGGAAAAUGUCAGGGCCUUGGAGAACUUCCAAAAGAUGUGCGCAGACAUUUACCGUGCUCCGCCAGAACCCAAGGAAGUAAUGUAA